GGAGGAUUCACCGUUAAAGUCAAAACAUGUCCGCGGAGCAGCAGAUGUGCCCCCCGCCUUCCUCUCCGACCCCUCCCGGGACGCAGGAGGGUUUCCCGGGUGUGUCCCCUCACGUCAGGCCGCCGUCAGAGAUGGACACCCUGCGGAUGUUCGUUAACGAGCGGUUAACGGCGGCGGUGGAAGACAUCCUGGAGGUGUUCGGGAAGACGGUGUCUCGGUACCGGGAGCAGAUCGACCUCCAGCGGCGGCAGCUGGACAGCCUGAGGUCCGAGGAGGGCAGCUGGAAGCCGGAAGCAGCCCCUCUGGCCGCGUCGUCCUGGAUCAAAACCUCCCCCGACGAUCACAUCCUGAGCGUCCAGCUGGAGCAGACAGACGCCGGCUCCUCGGCUGCUCGCAUCAAAACAGAAGCGGGAGGCGAGGACUUUGCGGCGUCGGAACCGAACGGGGACUUGAAUCCGGCCGGCGGUUCAGAGGGAGCGAGUGAAGGUCGACUCCUCACCGACUGCUCCGACACUGAAGACAGCGGAGACUACUGCAGAGAUCCAGAUCCAGCGACUUUCUGGAGACCGGACGAGGAGAGAGAAGCAGAAGGUCAAAGUUCAUCCUGGAGCAGCAGAGACAACGGCUCCUCCGAUCCGUCCCGUCGGCCCGUACCGGCGUUCAGCUGCAAAGUGUGCGGCGAGUCCUACCAGAGGGUCAGCCAUCUUCUCACGCACGCCACGGCCCACCCGACAGACUGCGGCCUGUGCGGGACACACCUGGAGCACGCGGCGAGCCUGAAGCCGCACCUCCGGGCGCACAGGACGUCGUCGUUCUGCUGCAGCGUCUGCGGCCAGAGCUUCACGCUGCGCGGGAACCUGAGGAUCCACAUGAUGAUCCACUCCGGCGAGCGCCCGUACGCCUGCAGCGUCUGCGGGAAGAGCUUCGGGCGGCGGGCCACGCUGGUCAGGCACGUGCGCAGCCACACGGGCGAGAAGCCGUUCAUCUGCACGUUCUGCGGCCACGGCUUCGUGGAGAAGGGCAACCUGACGGUGCACCUGAGGACGCACACGGGCGAGAGGCCGUACUGGUGCUCCAACUGCGACAGACGCUUCAGUCAGCUGUCGUCGUUCCACAAACACCCCUGUCAGAGGAGAGCCAUGACCUCGGACUGCUCGUUCACAUGAGUCCCCCCUCAGGACCACCAGGGGCCCCGCUUGAGAAAGAACAACAGACUCUCACUCUGAGCUCUGACCCCUCAGGACCACCAGGGGCCCCGCUUGAGAAAGAACAACAGACUCUCACUCUGAGCUCUGACCCCUCAGGAGGGGAACUCUCAGGG